CUUUCGGAUUCAUUCACAAGUUGGGAACCUUAUGAUACCACUUGAUAUGUACGUCAGUGAGACUGCGCAGAAGUUUGCGCGUGCGCGAAUAAUUCUUGCAAUCCUCCCAUCACUGCAGCAAACUAGCUUCAUCUUCCGACUCUCCGUCCUUCAGAGAUUCCUUCAUGUAUCGCACCAAUGUAGACUCGCGGAGCGUACGCUUUGUAGCAGAAUGGCCAGCCACAGAGGGGAAACGUGGACGGGCUUCGACAAAAUUGUCUCAACGAAAGACAAACUACCUCCGUGAAUCAACCGACGAUGACAAUCUCGGAACAAUUCAGGGAGUCGUGGCUAACAGCUAUAAUUGGGUCCGUCAUGUUUGCCACUGGAAUGUGUCUUCUAUUCUGGAAUGAGGGGAGAGCUGUGAAAGUGGCGCAUUCCUUGGACGAGGCUCUGCACAAUGUGGUUGUACUCCCUAAUUCCAUGACGUUGUCACCUGAAUACGAGGGUCGUUUGAUACAUUUGUCAGGUACCUUAUCGGUCUCUGAACCAUUAACUGAGCCAGAUUACGGCAUCGUCAUGUCCAGCGUGAAGUUGAAGAGGAGGGUUCAGAUGUACCAAUGGGUCGAAAUUGAGGAAGAGCAGAGUUUUGGUGGAAUAACGGAGGAGCAGAAACAUUACUAUUACACCACAGAAUGGAAGGACAAACUUGUAGACUCGGAUCAAUUCUACAUUCGUACCGGCCAUCAUAAUCCAAAGGAAAUACCGAUAAGAAGCCAGGUGCAGAUUGCAGAUGAAGUGAAGAUUGGCGUUUUCACGCUCGGCAUGGAAUUGAAGAAAAAGUUCAGCGACUUUGUCGAAAUCACUAGCGAUGAGCGGCCAGAGCGGAAAAACAUAAAAAUGCAUUCCGGGCUGUAUUAUCACAGCGCAGAUUUAUGGAAUCCACAAGUAGGAGACAUCAGAAUACAAUUUUCCUAUGCGGGAAAAAACGGAGAUCUUUACUCGGUAGUCGGCUUGCUGGAAAAGGAUACCAUAAAACCGUAUUACACAUCUCAUGGUGAAGAAAUCUUACUUCAACGAAAGCAUAAGAUGUCGGUGGAUCAGAUGUUUCAUUUGGAGCACGUGCAUAAUUACUGGCGAACCUGGGCUGUCAGAGGACUUGGAUGGUUGGUCUUGUUUGUGGCAGCAACAUGCUUAGCAAAUAUACUGAAAACAAUUAUAUUAAAUUCGACGUUCCUUUGUGGUAUAAUAGCAGUUGAGUCUCUGACUAUGUCAGUCUCCAUGUCUAUCAGUUUAUUGGUAAUCGGUUUCGCUUGGGUGUGGUAUCGACCGAUCAUUGGUCUUUGUUUAGCAAUAGCAUCUAUUUUGCCAUUCAUUUAUUCGACACUGAUGUCGGCGUCUACGUCUCAACAACGUGAUAAUUAUAGAAGAUUAUAAGUUACAUUCAUAUGCCAAAGAGGUUUUUUGAAAAGUAAUAAACUUCCUUAUUUAUUCAAUGUAUCAUUAUUUAUUUAAUCUCUCCUUUUCUUUUUCUAUAUUUUUGUUUUAUACAUCUGUAUGUUUUUAAAUUAUAAAUGACACAUAUACAGGCAAUAUUGCGAUAGAUUUAUACGAAAGAGAAAAGGAGCUAUAUAGUUUUUGUAUUAGUAGUAAAUAAAAAGACAAUAUGGAAGAAUUAAUCCUGUGGAUAAUGUUUUUGUGUUCUGCGAAUUCUUUUCCUUUUGAACCUCUCGAUAAAUCAGUAUCGACAUUUCUAGAAUCCUAUUGUGAAUAAUUUAUGUCAUGACACGAUAUUGCAACUUACAAUCUCGUGGUCAAGCAAUGUCAACCAUUUUAAGCUUUUUAACGUUAGAACUUGGAAGGUUUAAUUAGUGAAGAUGUAAUUUCUGACAAUUGGAUUAAAGCACGAACUGUGUACAUUGUC